GAAGACACCGACGACGCCCUCCUCGCCGCCCGCUUCGGCGACACCGACGACCUCCGCGCCUUCGCCGCCCGCUUCGGCCCCGCAGCCCUCCAGCGCGCCACAGACACCAACGGCAACACCCUCCUCCACAUGGCCGCCGCGAACGGACACACCGACGUCCUGACCUACCUCCUCCCCCUCCUCCCCCACCCGCACCCCGCCCUCCUCGCCCAAAACGCAGCCGGCUCGACCCCGCUCCACUGGGCCGCCCUCAACGCGCACCUCCCCGCGCUGCAGGCCCUCGUGCGCUUCCCGCGCGGGCCCGGCGCCGCGCUCGUCGACGCGCGCGAUGCGGCGGGGCGGAGCGCGCUCGCGCACGCGGAGGAGGGGGGGUGGGAGGAGGGCGCGCGGUGGUUGGUUGGGGUUAUGCGGAUCGAGGGGGAUGGGGGCGCAGAGGGAGAGGGCGAGGGCGCAGAGGGGCUGGAGGGGCAAGAGAUCGAGGUCGAGAUCGAGGAUGCGGACGGCGGGAUCGCGCGCUUGUCCCUCGCGCAG